CAGAGAUGCGAUCCAUCAGCAGGGAAGUACAAUAACAACAAGAGCACAAGAGCCCAAACUGAAACUCUGGCAAGCUGUGUACAUUUCAAUCCAGAGGUGGAUAAAGUGGAGCUCUGUUACUGCAGACUUCAGCCGAACAGCACGUCCCAUGCGGCAACAUGGCGUCUGAUGCGAGUCACAUGUUGGAGGCUGCUUUGGAGCAAAUGGAUGACAUCAUCGCAGGCUCUAAGGUGAUGGCGGAGUUCACUAACGGGCUGCCGGAUCUGGGUUCUCCGGUUAGCGUGGACUCACUGCCGGUGCUACAGUUAGCAGAGGAGCUGCGUUUAGCUCUGGAGAUUUAUGGUGGAGAAGGUCGAGAUACUCUGCGCUCACAGCUGCCCACCUCCACCGCUCAGACCCUCUUCCAGUGGCUGGAAACUGGCCUGGUUAACCGCCAGCCCUGUUCGAACAAUGAGACGUAUCAAGAACGCCUGGAGAGAUUAGAGGGGGACAAAGAAUCUCUGGUUCUUCAGGUGAGCGUUCUGACGGAGCAGGUGGAGGCUCAGGGGGAGAAGAUCAGAGAUCUGGAAGCCUCUCUGGAGGAACAUCACCACAAGCUUGUCUCCACCGAGGAAAUGCUCCAGCAGGAGCUUCUGAACCGCACCUCGUUGGAGACCCAGAAGCUGGAUUUGAUAGAUGAAGUUUCGUAUCUGAAGCUGAAGCUGGUCAGUAUGGAGGAGGAUCACAACCACACGGACCGAGACGACAAGCAGCACAAAGCCGAGUGUGUGGUUAAUGUGAUCAGCGAGCUCCAGGCGCAGAUGCGCAAAUUUCAGCAGGAGAUCACUACACGCAUCCGGGAGCAGCGGGCUCUCGAGGGCCACCCGGAGAACCCAGAUCGUGACGUCCACAAUCGCAGCUCCGAUUCGGAUGCGUGCCCUUCUGACGCCGAAGACCCCAAACACCACUGUAGUUCUGGAGGAGAUAACCAGGCUCUGGUGCAUGAGCUGAGAGCUCUGAAGGCCAAAGUGGACGAUUUGGAGAACGAGAAAUCGCAGUACGAGAGGAAGCUGAAAGCCACAAAGACGGAGAUCAGCGAGCUUCAGCAGAUUUUGGCCUCCAAAGAUGCAGAGAUUGAGAGUUUACGAAUUCAACUGUUGUCCAGAGGGAACGUGAACAGUGACGGUGUGGACAGAGAGGAGGUGUACAGGAGGAAAUUAAAAGGCAAACAUCUAGAAAUGCAGAAGCUGAAAAUCGGGAUGGAGUCACUUUUAGCUGCGAACGAUGAAAAGGAUCGUCAUAUUGAGGAGCUCACAGUGCUGCUCGGCCAGUACAGGAAAUGCAAGGACAUGAUGGUGCUUUCUCAAGUGUGUGGUGAUCGUUUGCUGUGUGGCAGCAGUGAGGAGGAUCUGAGUGGGUCACUGAGGAGGCGAGCUCUGCCCCAUAAAGCUCACUCAGACAUUGUCAUGUCUGACCUGCAGAUGUCGUCAUCACGAGGGACGCCACAACUCCUACUGCCCACGAUGUGCCUACAAAAUGAGCUUGAUUCUAGCUGUCGCAGCCUGCAGUCCCCCAUGGACUGCCACAGCUUGCACAGCAGACAAUGGACGACACUGAGGAUGCUGUCUUCCAGUCUGGAGGAGUUACAGAGUGGAUCCAAACAAAGGCAUGCAAUGGGACAGACUGUAGAGCCAGUUCUAGAGAGUCGGCUCAUAUCGGAGAGCAGUAAGUACCAAACUCUUCCUGGGAAGUUUUCCAGACCCGCACUAAACGGAGAGAGGGAACGACGUUCAUCUCCAUUCCAGCUGUCGCCUGAUGAGAGCGAGGAGAGCGAGAUCAACCUGAAUCGCUGCAGGAGUGCCAGCGCCCCGGCGUUAGCAAAGUUGGAGAAGACGGACGAGUCCACAUUGUCAGAUGUGUCGCCCAUGUCAUCCGGCAUGGACUCGGGGCAGCAGUCACCUGUUUCUCCUGAGAAUAAGAAGAAUCAGAAAGGCAUCAGGAAGCUGUGGGGAAAGAUAAGAAGGACCCAGUCAGGUGGAAUGCCUGCAGACGGUGUGGACAGCAACGAUUUCAAGAGGGGAGGAGUCCGUUCCACAGCAGGCCCUCGGCUGGCUGGCAUGGGCAACAGAGAUUCGGGAAGAGACUUGAACAACACUCCCUUUUCAAAGUGGUCAUGUGACCAGGUGUGUAUGUGGCUGGAGGAAUAUGGGCUGGGACACUAUGUCCCCAUGGCCAGCCAGUGGGUUAGCAGUGGACAGACUCUCCUCUCGGCCUCCUUGCAUGACUUCGAAAAGGAGCUGGGGAUAAAACACCCGCUGCACAGAAAGAAGCUUCAGCUCGCCCUGCACUCGUUUACCACACGGCAGAGCGAGAAAUCAGCAGAGCUCGACCACAUCUGGGUUACACGAUGGCUGGAUGAUAUCGGUUUACCGCAGUAUAAAGACCAGUUCCAUGAAGGUCGUGUGGACGGGAGAAUGCUGCAGUACCUCACUGUGAACGACCUACUGAUCCUUAAAGUGAGCAGCCAGUUGCAUCACCUGAGCAUUAAAAGUGCCAUCCAUGUGCUGUAUGUGAACAAGUUCAACCCUUUCUGCUUAAAGAGGAGGCCGGGGGAUGAGAUGCUGACGUCACCCUCCGAGGUGAUUCAGUGGUCCAAUCACCGUGUGAUGGAGUGGCUUCGCUCAGUAGAUCUUGCUGAAUACGCUCCCAACCUGAGGGGCAGCGGUGUACACGGGGGUCUCAUUAUCCUGGAGCCACGCUUUAACUCGGACACAUUGGCGAUGCUGCUGAACAUCCCACCGCAGAAGACCCUGCUGAGGAGACACCUCAACACCAACUUCAACUCUCUAGUGGGAGGUCAGGCUCAGCUGGAGAAACAGGAAUACAUGGAGUCUCAGAACUACACACCGCUCUCCACUACAGCUAAAAUCCGGCCCAAGAAAAUCGGUUUCUCCAACUUCAGCCAGCUCCGAAAGAAGCGCCCUGAUGACCCCAGUGAUUACAUCUGCCCUCUGGAGUGCCCGAAGGCUCUGACGCUGCUCAGCGAUUCCCAGCGACCCGUCUCCAGUGUACAGGACACUGAGAGGAGGGAACAGAUGCAGAUAACGAAAGGAGCAGCGAUGCAGAUUGAAGCGUUAUCGGAAAGCAUUAACCACCUCACAUCUUUUGAUAGGACUACAGAGAAAAGAAGACAGAAUUGGACAGAGUUGCUUUUUCCUCAAACACUAAAGAAAGACUAAUACUGUGCAUUAGAGAAACAACGCUCUGACGCAGGAUCGACCGAGACAACCCAAACCAAGGACCAAACCAAACCAAGUUCAAGUUCAAGUUUAUUUCUAUAGAGCUUUUCACAAUGGACAUUGUCUCAAAGCUGCUUUAAAGAAUGUAAGACCAAAACAUUAAAGUGAUUGUGUGUUUAUCCUUGAUGAGCAGCCUGGGGUGACUGUGGCAAGGAAAAACUUCUUUUAGAUGAUAUGAGGAAGAAACCUGGAGAGGAACCAGACUCAAAAGGGGAACCCAUCCUCAUUUGGGUGACAUCAAGAGUGUGAUUAUAAAUCUUAAAACAAUACAAAACAACAGAUAGCGAGAAUGAACAUGAGCACUGGAGUCUGUGAUUAUAAGUCAUGUCCUUUUCUACAGUCUCAGGUGACAUUGUGGAACCAGGAGCUACUGAGCAACUCAUAAAAUAGCUCAACAUUUGCGAUCAUCACAGAUCCAACACCAGCUGGAUCUGUGAUGAACAUUAUAACAUGGAUGUGGAGUCAUUAGAAGGGACCAGAGCUGAGAGGCUGGUGGAGAUCUGCGCUGGAAUUGGAAUUUGCUUUGUUUUUUUGUCGUUUCUUUGGACAUAGAAAUGAUCCUCUGAAUAUUCGAGGCCUGCUGAGUAACAACCUGCGACAGGUUCUUGGGAAGUGCAGAACUGAACAGGAGUUUAUCAAGGGGUUUUGUUGGAUUAUGAUCCUCUCACCAUGCUUGUGAAGUUCACCUUAAUGUAUGACAUUUAUCACAUCAGCUUUUGUUGAUUACACCUGGCUAAACUAAUGGACAUUGGUUGAGAAAAUGAACUUUCCUGAAAUAUCCACAGUCCUUAUUUUACGUAUUUUGAGAUAUUUUCAUGAAAGUUUUGUAUCUGAUGAUGCUUUACAGUAUGUAUAAUUGUAGCAAACCCACACCAGCACCAGUUCUUCAUCAGACUUUGUUCAGUAGACAGAUUUGCAGGGCACACUUCCAGGUCGGCGGCCAUGUUCUCGUUUCCCCCGCUGCCAGGUGUUUUUAGGGGCACCAAAGACAUUAACUGGAUGCCAGAUCAUCUGAUCGGCUCCACAUGUCCCAGAGAUUAUUCUCGCCUUUCUACCUGAGUUAUUACCUGAACACUUGCCCUGUCUCUUAUUCCUGUUCUGCCUGGGUACCCUGGUAAAGGUUCAGCCUUUGGACUGUCUUUUGGUGGUGUCUAAUGUUUGGUCUGUUCUUUAAAACUGUUUUGUCUCUGCCCUGUUUUCUGGUAUUAAACUCCAGAUUGUUUGUGUAUUUUGUUUUGUCUCAGUUUGCCUGUGUUUCAGACCAGGGACUGUUUAGUUGUUUUGUCUUGCCUUUCCCUUUUGCCUGUGCUCAUUAUAUUUCAGAUGCCUUUUUCUUUUCUCUAUUUAUUAAAGACUGUUUAACUAUA